CCUCGACCUCUUGCUUCCUUGCUGCCAUGCGAUUUUAGGCUGACACAUCCGACUGGAAUUUUACCUUGUAAGCUACUUAAAAAGGUAACUUUGUUGGUAAAAAUGACAAGAAAAAUUUACAUCUUACCUUACGUUGAACUCCUCUGCCAAUUCAAUAUCAAUUCAAGAUCGAUAUUGAAACGAUCCCUUGUAUUAACCUAGUGAUAUUAAACAAGCUCGAUCUGAACGCAAAUAACUUUAUAUGCUUUGUCGUCCACCUCAGCGUUGGAAGAGUUCGUUGCAAAGGGAGAUUUGAUCGUUGAUUUAAUUGCUUUAUUACCAUGAUAUUUUUAGUGUUUGAUGCCGAAGUUGCGUUUUGUUUUAUAAAUAUGCAGUCUGCGUAGAUCUCAGCCAAGAUCUUUAUAAAUUAUUAAUAUAAUAGCUGAUCACGAAUGAUUCAGCUGUUUACGUUUAUUUUGCAGUGGCUCAUUUUUAGACUCUUUAUAUUUAUUUAUUCGAGGUUAAGUUAAUGAUUAAGUGAUCUUAAAUACCCUCGAGGUGAUAUUUUCUAUAAUUUUUCAUGUGUUGAUCACUCAAUCUGCAGUAAUAAAUGUCAAGUAUGUUCUAUUUGUUGUUUUGCAGCUGUUGGUGCUGUUAACAUUAGGUUGUUGUGAGAUAUGAGUGCACCAUAUCCCCCUACUGGAGUCCAAGCAGGACAACCUACCUAUCCCGGUAAAGUACAGUAAACUUGCGCUGUUAUACAUUUGAAAUGUGAAAGAAAAGAAUGCUUGAUGUGAGGAUUUUUUUGUGGGAGUUAGACCAAAAUGGGAAGUUUCCCAAGAGUCCUGAUGUUUCCCGAGACAAAGUCGAGGGAAACAUCAGGACUCGAGGGAAAACAAAACUAACUGGUUUCCUGAGGGACCUGACAUUAAGUGUUUUGUUAUAUUUCCAGACUUUCACUUCAACGUACUUCGACAGCAACAAAAGAAUACGCUUAAGAGGGGCGAAUCAAAACAGUACGACUCGGUACUUAUGAGAACACAAAUUUAAUUCUCAAAACCACUGAAUGAAUGAUUUAAAAAGUACUUUCCUUAUAUUAUCUGCACCUUCCUCCACUAGCUGCUGUUCCUCUUCUAGGAUAACUUUGAAAAUCGUUGCUUUUUAGCUUGAGGCUUCAUGUUUGUGUUGUUGUAAAUGUUGUUGUGUUCAUUCACGAAAAAGAAAACUGGCAGUGUUUUUCCCGCCUUCUGUCACGCCACUUUCCACCAUGCUCUGAUCACGUGCUGUAAUGUGUCCCGAGCGGGGUACAUUGCUUGAUGUAUCACGAUCGGAAUACAUUUGAUUUUAGUCAAGGCCACGUGACCAAGAAUCAGCCAAUGGCUGUCCCUGUUUGGCGGGUAAUUGACCAUGAGACCAAUUUGUUUUUUUUUGUUGUUGCAUCUUUGUAGGUCAGCAACAGCCAGGUUACGGACCACCACAACAGGGUUACCCUCCUCAAGGAUAUGGACCUCCCCCCCAGCAGGGUUACGGGGCCCCUCAACAAGGGUGGGGACCGUCACCUGGACAACAACAGUAUCCUGGAGGACCACCCCUCACCCAAGGCUACCCAGCACCUCAACAGCAAGGAUAUGGGGGACAACCACCUCCACAACAAGGCUUUGCUCCCUCUGUCGGGCAGCAACCUGGAUAUGGUGCUGUACAGCAGAUUGAUGGGAUGCCGGCGGCAAAGCCAGGUUUUGGGCCACCACAAGGUAGUUAGUUAGUUAGUUAGUUAAAUUGUAACAAAUGUUUAUUCAUUUAAUUGGUUAUUAUGUAAAAGGCUACAAUAGCUAAUGUUUUGAUUACUACAUUUGAAGCUGCCCUACAUGUAGUUUUAUCAAAGCAAGUUCACCCAGAUGAAGAGCUACCAUGUAGAACAAAAAAGAAUGUAGUGACUCUCUAAAGAUGUACAUAAUUUGUACCAGCACCUAGUUAUUCUUAUCAUGAGGACAUGGAGAUUUUUUGACCUGUAAGGUAGACUGGCAGAUUUAUGCUGUAUCCAGGAAAAUCAACAGGAGAGUUGCCAGGCAUAUAGUAAAUUCAUUAUUGUAUGGUAACUAGUGUUAAUAUUUUUCAUACACAUGCUGCUGAUAGGUGAAGUGCAGACACCAUCUUAUACUGGAUCAGAUGUCCCUGAUGAAGAUGUCGAUGACAAUGAAAAUGCCACAGCCCCACCCCCAACGGCACCCCCAGCUGAUAUGUUUAGUACAUAUGCUGGAUACGAGAACACUGGAUUUGGUUAGUGACUUGUUAUCUACCACUCAUGGGAUAAUGCAUUUCCUUUACCGUAUUUAUUCGAAAAAGCGCCCACCUCGAAUAAGCGCCUAUCCUAAAGGCAGAAAAAGUUAAUAAACGCCCAGCCUUGAUUAAGCGCCCACCCCCACCUUCACCACCUCCUCCCCCUCAAUCAAACUCAAAUAAGUGCCCACCGCCACCCCACCCACUUGAGUGAGAAUGAGUUUGAAAUUGAAAUUGAAUAAGUACUAAUAAGAAAAUUCCCCAGGAGGAAGUUUUCUUCAGAGUAUUUUACAGAAACCCUGCUUUGUUACUUCUUCGCAUUCUUUUAUUAGCAUUUAUUGCUUUGUUGCAAAAUAAACAUAUUACGCUUGCUCAGUGAAAAUGGUGAAAACUUAAUAAGCACCCAGCCUCGAAUAAGCGCCCACCUUAACUAAGUCAGCCCACUCUCAAGGUCCAAAAAUGUAAUAAGCGCCCACGGCAGUUAAUCAAAUAAAUACGGUAUUUACCACCAGCCAACUUGCAAUGGUUAUGUGAAAGUCAAUAAAAUAAUAAAAUACCUCUUAGUAAUUCUAGGGGAUGGUAUAGAGUGGUUUUUCAAAAGACCUGGGUCUUGGAAAAUUUUGGCCCGAUCUUGAAAUCAUGAAAGCAUUUGUGAUAGGUUUCAAAGUCGUGGUUUUGGGUGAUUUUUCGUCUCGUAGUCUUGAAUUUUUUUAAGUAUCCAUUUCGCAGUCUUGCAAGGUCUUGAAUACCAUGAUUCUACCAGUUUGGUUUUUAUUUGUUGAUAUUGGAUGUUGUCACGGUUGUUUUUCAGGCAAUGAUUACCUACCACCUCCACCACCAUAUGAACCCCCAUCGCAACCAACCCCUGAGCAGCAUUUCACACAGUAAGUUUAAUAUAUAAAUUUAGCCAAGCUCCUGUAAAAAAUUAUAAUUUACUUCAACCAAUGAAGUUGAAACCAUUGCAAAGAAUUCAGUUGAGCCGGCAAUCAGUUGAAAACUAAUAACUUGUCAGCAGAGAACUUAAAAAAACAAUAAAUAAACCUGCAAUAUGGUCAUGUGAUACUGGUCAGUGGAUGCCCUGUUUUGACAGCUGUCAAUUGACCCCAACAUGGAUGUGGAAUAUCAGGUUGCAGGCUCCCACACUAGCUACAAUCUUGGACAAAAAUGUUGGGAAAAAUGGACGUUACCAUGUCUAUUUAUUUAUUUUAUUUAUUUAUAACAACUUUAUUUGCAAUAAUUAAUACAAAAAGGCUGCCAUCAGGGAGGAACUGAAUCCUCAUGUAAGAUGACCCCCUAAAAAUAUCUACAAAGCUAUUAAGGAAAUAUAAGUCAGAUAAAGACUACUAUAAUGUAAGAAGAAAUGUAAAAGAUAUCACUAAAAUAUAUCUAUUAAUAAUGGAGUUAUUAAAAUUAUCUAAUUACCGGGUCAUAUAAGUCAGAUAAAGACUAUUAUACUGUAAGAAGAAAUGUAAAAGAUAUCACUAAAAUAUAUCUAUUAAUAAUGGAGUUAUUAAAAUUAUCUAAUUAUCAAAUUAGAUGUGCAAUCGCAACAAUUUUAUGUUCAUUACGUACUAGUUAAAAAGUGUUAAAAAAGUGUCUAGUUUCAAGAUAAAGCUCUUGAAAGCCCUGGCUACGACAAAUACUCCCCCUUCCCCCUAAAAGACAAUGUUGAAGUCUGGCUGGAUCAUUUCUGAUCCCGACUAAACAACUUUGACCAGGGUGGGGCGAGUGGAGGGACCAUAGUGGUACCAAAUCUGCAGGGUAGGCGUUCUGUUGGUAAGAAAGUGCAAAAUUCUCAACACUUUUUGCCCACUUUUGGUAGAAAUUGUGACAUUUCACCUUGGUUUUGCUGUGGUAUAGACACACAGACCAGGACUGUCACUGUGUUUUUAAGUUGCCGGGUGACUAUGCAAUUAGUAGGUGGGGAACUGAGUUGCCAGCAAGUUGUUUUAGUUCUAUUUUCCUGUUGUUACAUUCGAAAAUGGGCUGAGGUUAUGCUCAUACUAGACAGGGGAAAUAGCUGCAUGGUAUAUUCUACGCUUAGUUAAAGGCUACCCACCCUUAGUAACAGGCUAUUUCUGUUAUGAUGUCUUAACAGAGCUACAUCCAUAAGUGAAGAAGAAGCAAGAGAUGCACUGCUUGCCUUUGUAGGUGAGCACUGUUGUUAUGGCAAAGGAGCUGCUGAGGAUAUGGACAUUAAGGACAUCAAUCCUUCAAGUGCUUAUCAUGUAAGUACAGUUGAAUCUCCAUUAAGCGGCAGCCACCCUUGGGGUCCUGGAACUUGGGACCUUGUGCACCAAAGGACGUCCACUAAUCAACUGUGCCGCCUCCCUUAGUGCCACCCAAGCUAAGUGAGCUUAAAAAGUUACUUGCCCUGCCAGAAAAAUAAUCUACUUGUCUCAGACCAGCAGACAGGACAUUGUUUCAGCCCUGUGAACCCUGGAACAGUCUCAGUCAAAUCGACUGACUGCAUAAUGAUUUUUUUCUUUAUCUGUAUGUUAAAAUAAUUUCAUCCAUUGAUACAUUUAGUGGUAAAUAAUAAUGCUGCUGCUUUAUAUCAUAAAAUUAUUGCUUUUAAAAUUUCUUUGAGCAUAAUUUUCUGAUUCAAGUGCUAAUUUCGUAUAAUACUAGUUAGCAAAUAUUUUUUUAUAUGUACUUUUAAUUUGUGAAUUGCAGUACAAUUUUGUGAGUUUCUGUGAGUCAAGGUCAACUGCUUGGAAAUAUGAGCCCUACAGAGGUAUGUGGGUCUCUAACUAAAACAGUCAAACCUUCCCUUAUUUGGGCUCCUCUCAGUGACGGAUCCAGACCUUGGGGGGAGGGGGGGUGGUCAUCCCGACCCUGAUAUAAGGGGUUAGGGAGAGGUCUCGAAAAAAAAAUAUUGGCCCAUCUGGCCUCAGUUUGUUCUAGAAGUGAGGGGAGCUGCCCCCUGCCUUCUGGGAUCUGCCACUGCCUCUAUGAAAUGAACAGCUCUGUUACGAACAUUCACGUGAUCUCAAAGGUGCCAAAGCCCAAACAAUUCUACCUGUGCAAUGCGGAUAUUACCCCGAGUCCCUUUGGAAUUCAGCAAUGAGCUCCAAGACUGAGCUGCCUCGCUGAAAAGAUCUAUCCUUGGUUAAUAAUGUCAACAAAGCAGUGCUGAGUUGAUCCUUGUUCUGGUCCUCCCAAUGAACAAUGAACUCAAUGAAUUUCUAGAAGUGUGUCUCAAAUUUCCCUUUAACCUGAUUAGCCAACUGAACAAUAGCUUUUUAUCAUGGCCAGCCAUGGCGGGUACUCAAAUCCUGGUACAUAACUGGCGCCCCAGAACAGGUAUUUCAGUGCCGCUUUUCAGUUGGACUUAGCCAGAUGUUUAGUUUUGUCUGUGGUGCAGGCUAUGUAGUCUAGACUACCAGAGAAAUCUCAUAAUUUGCUGCUCAAUACAACUGGAGAACUGUGCACCUUACAGAUGUAUGUCCCCUGUUCCACUUUACCCAACCCCUCCCCCCCACCCAAUUACUCACUGCACCACUUACCCUACCCUACUUGAGCGCCACAAGUUUAUCAGUUUUUUCAUAAUGGUCACGUGUUUACCCUCUUUAAAUAUAGGCGUUAGCUUUAGCUACCCUACCCUAGGUAUGAUAAACUGUACUCUGGGUUGCUAACAACAGCUAGCUAGCCCUGUUGGCUUUCUUCUGCAGUAGUUUAUCACAUGCUUUCUUUGUUAUUUUGUUAUCAAAGGUCAGCAGAUUGAUGGCCCACAAAAUGGCCCUGCUCCACAACCAUGGGAUAUUCUUGCUCAGCCAAGUCAGCUAUUUACACCCCAAGAGGCGCGUAUUGAAGUUCCACACACAGCUUCUGUUAAGGUAUCAUAGUGACUGUAUACAAUGUACAGUCAACCUUCUAUUUCAGAUUUGGAAGAUGAACUAGUUUGGUUUGACUCAACAGAGAGGAGAACUGUGACGUAACGUUACCAUGGUAGCAAAAUUGGAUUGACUCAGUUGCAGAGUAGAAAGCAAUGUGUGUGUGUGUUUUUUUGAUGGAUCGCUUUAAGUCUGAAGAAAGAAGACAUCCUAAAUUUUGCGCACACAGACCACAUUUACACGGGUCCGGGCAAAUUUUUGAAUGGACAAGAACUUACACGGAUCCGCUUUUCGUUUACAGUACGGAACCCGCGGAACCGUGCAAGUUUUUGAACGGCGACGUUUCUGGGAAAAUCCCCACCUACCCCUCCCCUAGGCCAACAUCAACACUUACUUCUCACUUGGGAGAAAAUGUUGCCCUAAGGGAGGGGUAGGUGGGCAGUUUCCCAGAAAUGUAUAAUGAUCCUAAACACUACUGCAAUUUGUAACAGAAUUUGGACGGUUCCGUGUUACCGCGUUUCUCAGGUAAAAGAAAUCGUCCGUUCAAAAAUUUGCCUAGAUUCGGGUAAAAACCCCAGCAUUCCCGCGAGAUACCGGUAUGCCUCAGUCUAUAAUAUUAUCGCUAAUUGUAGUUUGCGAUUUUCUCCUGAAAGUAGGAAAUGUCUAACAUUUCUUUUUUUUUGUCAGCCAUGCCAUGAGUGUAUGGCUAUAGGUUACAAGCGCUGCUACAAAUGUUACGGUCGAGGAAGGGUAAGGAUCACAGACAGUUUUUCACAUUUGUUGCUUCCGCAAGAAAAACUUGAAAAGAUGAGGCUAUCGUGAGUUUUCCCCUUUGCUUGCUCGUAACAUAUACUUGCCUGUGAGACAAUCCUGCUAAUAACUGCUUGCAGUCAAUAAAUACAAUCAAUUCUGUUCAUAACAUUACUAUACCUUCGUGUUUUGCUUGACACAAGAAUCAGGAAUUAUGCUGUAAAAUUUUAGCAUAAACGGGAAAAAAAAAAAAGAACGAUAUCAUUUGUUGCACAAGGGCGACAGUCAAUAAACACGUGAAAUACGAAAACUGGAAGUCCAAAUUUACUUGAGUGUCAACAGGGUACCCAACAACGAGAUAACUAAAUAGACCUCUUAGGGCCCAUUAUGAUUGCCGGGCUGCAUUUAUUGAAAGGAAAUUUUUUGCAUUGAAAUAAGGAUCACGAUAGUACUAAGUAUUAUCAACCAAAAAGUACGUUGGGAUUGACAGUUACGAAAAAAUGUUUCCCUUACUCAGUUAAAACGCGAUUUUCUGAAUUGGGUCACGUUGUAUUGCAUGUGUCCUGGUGACGUCAUAAUCAGAACGACUUGACCGGUCACUUAGGAAUCACAAUUCGAAUUUUGUUAAAUAUGGAUGAAAUCGAGUGUUUGCCUAUAUCUUAUAGGUUCGUUGCACGUGGUGUCACGGUUCAGGUCACCGCACAGAAUAUAGGGACGGUCAUCAUCAUCGCACGUGUUGCACGUGGUGUCACGGAUCAGGAAGAAGAAUGUAAGUACCAUAAGCUAACCAUGUACAGUUGAUCUCUCUACAAUGGUCACCUUGGGGACAGGGGAAACCCGGGGGGGGGUACUCCCUUACAAGAGGCUAAUAGGGAUGUGCCGCUGAAUGGGGUCGCAUUUUCACGACUGGAGUGACUAUAAUGGGGUCGCAUUUUCAAUAGAUUUACUAGAAUGGGGUCGCAAAUUUUCGGAUUUUUGGGGUGAGUAAGGAUUCAAAAUGGGAAGAUUCUCGGUUAAAAAAUCAGAAAGUUGUUGUUUAUUAAAUUGAACAGUAAGCUCGCAUUGACCGCAUUACAUUCCGCCGCUUGAAACCACAUUGAUCAGGUAGAUGCAUAAAUAGAAAGUGACUAAGCUGGGAUCGCGAAAAUUACAUUUUCCAAAAAGUGACUAAGAUAGGGUCUUUAAUUGGCCAAAAAAUAGACUAUAAUGGGUAGGGGCUCUGAGAGGCCAGCGGCACAUACCCAGCAAGCAUUAACCCAAGUAUCCCCCCCCCGCGGGAGAAGAAAGUAGCCGGUGUAGAGAGGUGGCCGUAAGCGGAGGUUCCACUGUGAUCUAAGAUGGUGUUGGAUUCUGGACUUCACGUUGUGGAUUCCGGAAUUCAGGUACUCGAUUCCAGAUGUUUUGUUAGUGGAACUUAGAUUCGGGAUUCCAAUCGUUUGCGCGAUUCCGAAUUCCUUGAGUUUAAUUCUGGAUUCUUAAGCCCCGGAUUCUGGAUUCCAUAAGCAAAAGUUUCCCGGAUUCUGGAUUCCAAAUUAUCAGUUCAAAAUCACAAAAAUAAAAUAAAAUGACUAAAUAAAGGGAAAAAAGUUCUAUAGAGCGUUUUCACAUGACGUCAAGGCGGCCAUAUUGGUGUCCCAAAACAAUGAAACGGCGGCCAUUUUGGAGUCCCAAACCAGUCCUGUGGGAGUUGAACUCUCUUCUUAUGCAAAGACUUUCUUUUGUUCCAAUAAAUUUGCAUAGAUGCUGGCCACGUGAGUGAAAGCGCUCCACAUGAACGAGUCGACCUUCGUUGUUCGAUUUUGUUCGAUUUGGUUAAAUGUGGGGAUAAGUAUGUGAUUUUUACCAUUUUUGUGUGCUUGUUUUGUAGCUGUAAUACUUGUCAUGGCCAUGGUCGGGUGAUGUGCUGGACUUGUCAAGGACAAGGUCACCUAAAGAUGUAUAUUCAACUGACUGUCAAAUGGUAAGUAACGUCUCGUCUUGAUCUUAGCCUCGUGCAAAAUAAUCUGGAGAAAUUUGAAAACACAUCACUUUACCUUCCGUUUCGUCUACCUUCCAUACAAAACGGCGUGUUCCUUCACCGAAAUUAGUCUCCUGAGAACAGAAAUUUGGAAACGGUCGGUGAGAUGGUAGGUGUGGACCAUGCUUGUUCCCAGGGUUCUCUCUCUUCCUCCAAAAGAGACGAUCAUGGGAACGAUGUCAGGUGUGGACGGCUGACAGGCGACGAGACGAUUUGAUUUGCGCAAGCUCUAUUGGCUUCUAAACACUACGACAAGGUCACCUUUUCAAACUGGGUUAGUGUGAUGCGAAAUCGAUAGCGCGGCCGGAAAAUAUAACAACUUUUUGCGAACCAAGCCAACGAGAGUAGGUGACACUUAUCAGUUCUAAGAGCCGAUAAACCUAUGGCCUUCUAUUAGCUUCCAACUAAAUGGUCAUGGGGACACUUUAACCCUUUCACUGCCAAAAGUCAACAAAGUCAACGUUGACAAAAUUUUUCAAAUUUCAUUUUGUAAAAUGUUGAAAAACAAAUAGCACCGUGUGAAAGUACUGCCAAAGAGCUUUCAUUUGAAUGGUUACACUUUAGGAUUUCGUCCCCAGACUCAAAAGUUAGAGCCACCUUUCCAGACACCAUCAUGUACUGAAAUGAGGUAAUGAAAGGGUUAAAGAUCGAAUUUUCUGCAAUGUUAGUUUUUUUUUUUGGAGGAAAGGAUAAAAGCAGAGUAUGCGGAUAAAAACUUUUCUAGAUCGGAGCAGGGAAGGAGACAAACAGCAAACUCAACCCUUACAUAGCGUCAAGGAUCUUUAGGUUUCUAUCUACCGUUAGAACUACCUUGUUCAGCAUGAUAGGCAAGAGAAUGGGAAAGCUUUAGUUUUAGUUUGAAUGCACACACUUCAGUUAAAACUCUAUCCAAGUGUAAACACAGGAAUUCAUCACUUAAUGGCUAUCAUUUGAAUGAGAAUUUCACCUUAAAAUCCCGUUGAAAGACUCAAAAGGUAUGCAAGAAUAGUUAUAGAGAUGAAAGCGAAAACUAGUUCUCUGAGUCGGUACACUGGAACCUCGAUAUAACAAACCUCUUGUAAACAAAUGUUUAGUAGGGGUUUUAACUUUUUCAGGGAAUGUCACAUUGACAACCACGUCACAGAGAGAACAGACCUGCCCGAUCAUCUCAUAGUGGGAUCACAAGGAACGGAAAUUUUUACUCAAGAAUUUCCAAGGGUAACAGCCAGAUUUUGUGCGCGUGUGUGUUCGGAUAGCUUCAGAAGAAUGGCAGUGUUUUAUACCGUUAAAUGUAAUUUAACGUAGUUAAUGACCAGGAGCAAGAGAGUUGUCAGCAGCGUUCCGGGUUGUGUAGUGCUUUUAUAGUUUUUGGUAGCAUUCGUGUUGGUGUUGAAGCACUGGGGCGGGCCCUUGUUCAGCCGUAUCCGAGGUCAGCGCAUGCAUUGCUUCCAAAUGUGCUUACAGGUUUACUUGCGGGUACUUUAGGGCGCGAUCCAUUCGACCAAAAUUUCCGGAAAUUUCGGUCCAAAACUCAAUGGAUCGGCUCGGUCCAACCGGAAAAGUUUCGAAAAAACUGGUCCAUCUUUUGAGGUGGACUACUUUUCCCGGUCGGAAUUUUGGUUGAAUGGAUCGUGCCCUUAGUCACGGUCGGGGGCUCGGUUUGGGCAGACCACUCGGGUUUUCUAUCGCCUUGCCAUUGGGGCUGUGAUUUGGGGAAAAUGGUUGUUGUUCCCAGUCCCCUUGGGCACCUCACUUCCACUCGCAACUUGGGCGUGAACCCUCGUUUUCGCUUGCUACCAGUCAGUAAGAAAGACUGCUUUCUUCUUUUCUGAGCUUGUCAAAAUUACAACUUCUUCGCUGAUUAUUAAGUGUAAUAUUUCUUUUCUUCUCGGUCACUCAGUGAUAGGCUAUCCAUGCUUUGCCAGCCGCAGCUAUCCCAAAAAGCAUGGCAGGAAAAAAAUUAUGUCGCUCAAGAAUUUUGUAUCGAUGACUGAUCAUUUCAAUUUCAUCCUGCUUGCCAACGUCAUAUGUUUUUUUUUCUUUGUAGGUUUAUCCAAUCACAACGUUCCAUGACCCGGAUGUUAAUCACGGUUCCCAGGCCCUCGUUGAUGCUCAUUCCCGUAACUGGCCUACUAAACGAAUCCUUAUGCAGGUAAGAAAACUGUCAGGUAACUACAGGUCUCCACUUUAGAAACGAGAAGAAAGCUGCGGCGUGUUAAUUUUCUCAAAGAUUUCUGAGACGGCAGUACUUUUGUGUCGUCAUGCAACGCUCCCUUCUGGGACGGUUACUGGGGACAGGGGAAAAAUUGGCCAUUGGCUGACCGGCGCGUCCCCAGAGACGAUCCUAGGGGUCUUCGCGAAAUUAACUCCGCCUAGUUUACUCCUCGUUUCUAAACUGGUGAAUGUCUUUUUAGAUUAUACAGUCGAACUGUUAUUUCGCGGCCGCCCUUACUUAGGGAUAGGAAAACUGUUAGUUCUGUUCAAAGGCAAUCCACUUCUUUCCUUACAAAUAACUUCCUACUAGUCUCACGUUUCAAAAUGGCGCAUGACAGGGCGUGGUAUCCAGGGGGUGAACAGAAAACCAUUCUGUGCCGUUACCUAGGCACUGGUACUCGGGCACCAAGUGUGACAUUGUCAUAGUGUGAGCCUAUACCUGUAUGGAUUAAUAAAAAUCAAAUUUAUUUGUUGAUUUAUUUCAGCGUCACACGUUACGAGCUGUGCCAGUAUCUGAAGUGAAGUAUGAGUGGAAAGAUAAAAACACUCGUUUCUGGGUGUACGGCCUGGAUCACAGAGUGCACGCCCCAGACUACCCCCAACAGUGCUGUUGUGGUUGCACUAUAAUCUAG